GUACACUGUACAUUGAAUCGAACCAAUCAAAAGACGUUAUAACAUUGCUCGUGCUCAUCUCAGCGUUCGAACUCACGCGUGAUGUCGAGUGUACAUGGUACCGUAUCUACGGCGGGACGGCGAGAGCACUGCCGUACUUCAAAAACUUCUGGAAAAUACUGAUCAGGAGGGACCAAGCAAUGAGCUCUGUACAUGUAUAUGUUAAACCAAGGAUUUUGCCACAAGCUAUCUAGCUCACUUGCAACUUGAUUGUCUAAUCCUGUGGGAGAAAAAAUGGCUCAGAAUUCACAUGACUUGCGGAACCACAAGUCGAGUCGAAACUCCGGGACGUCGAGCUCACGGAAGAAAAGCAAGCGGGAGCGUGGAUGGGGUAUUGGCCUGCACUGCUCGGCCGAGUUCUGCCGGGGUGUGGUGGCAGAGUGUCUCGGUACAUUCUUCUUUAUGAUCGUUGCUUGUACAGCCGAUCUACAAUGGGACUCUUCGGUUAGGGUGGACGUCUUGAGGUUGAGUUUUACGCUGGGAUUAGCUGUUAUGACCAUGGUUCACUGUUUUGAACACAUCAGCGGAGCACACCUGAAUCCUGCUGUCACAGCCUCGCUGAUGAUCAUCAGACAAACAGGAAUCGUCAAGGGGCUGUUCUUUAUUGCAGCUCAGUUCCUGGGUGCUUCCACUGCAGUUUUACUCCUCAAGGGGUUUCUUCCCAUAUCGAUUCUUGGAAACAUGGGCUACACUGUUGUCUCACCUCAAAUCACCACGCAUCAGGCUAUGGGGCUGGAGUUUCUUAUGACUUUCCUGUUUGUCUUCACUGUCGUCUCUUCUACCGAGGCAACUCGGUUUGCUUCCAAGCUGGUAGCCUUGCCAAUUGGUGUGGCCUUCCUAGUCAAUACAUUAUGGGGGUAUGAAUUCACCGGUGCUAGCAUGAAUCCGGCCCGUACCAUCAGUGCAGCAGUUGUCCAGGGUAUUACAGAUAAUUGGCCUGUAAUAUUAGAGGUGUAUCUGGCUGGGCCUGUUGCUGGGGGUGUGGUUGCUGCUCUCAUCUACAAAUUCAUCUUUGACCCGUCCUUUGUCCCUGGGAGCAUGAGGUCAUUGCGUUCCAACUCCAACUUUGACUCUGAAGAGGAUAGUAUGAUAGCAAUGCAGUCCAUGUCGCCUCAUAGGAAGGAAGAGAGAGGAACAAGAGGAUUGGUUUGAAAAGACACAGAAAAACCCUUAAAGGUGCAGUCAGGAGAACUUCCCGAAACUAAGACACUUUUGCCAUUUGGAAGUUACUGCACUGAUUUAUUCAGUAUUUGCAGGGAAAAGACUCAGGUUUGAUUUUUUGUCAGGUUUUUACACCAACUACACGUUGGAAAUGAGUGCACCGUAAGCAAGCUUGUAUCAUACAUUAAAUGUGAUUUUUCUUUCUUUAAAUACACAUAUGUGCAGUUUUAGGUGGUUACACAACUACAUGUGCAUGGUUUGGAAUUACAAGAAGAAUUUUAAAAGGCUUCUGAUGUCUGCUGAAAGCUAUAAAGAAGUUUGGAUUGAAAGCUCAGUUGCAAACUUUUCACCGUUGUUCUAAAUGAAUGCAAAUGGACGACAUGUACAUACUCUUUUAUUGAGCAUACACGUAGUUACUCAUUACUCCUUUAACUCGUAUUGCCCGAAUCCAGGAUUUUUGGCUAAACCUGCCUUAAAAGGAUUGAAGGAUGAUUGUGGUAACAUGCAUAUCUGUAUUAAAAUUCACAAUCUGUGCUGAUUGUGAGGAGAAAUGGCACAUGCACCUCCUUAUUGUACAUUAUACAUGUCUAUGGAAAUGACAAUGUUGAGACAAUCUCUUGACAAAAAUGGUCCGUCAUUUCAGCUCACACGACAAUUUCUAGAAGUGUAAAUGACAGUCAAGAGGUUUUUUUAUUUUCAUAGGACAUGAUGUAUAACCUUGGCUUCCACACGAAUAACUUGUGAUAAAUUUGUAAGAAAUUAUUGUAUAGUUUCCUUGGAAUUUGUGCUGAUUUUGUUUGCUGAAUUUGUUGAAGUGCUAGCACUUAAAAUAAAGACAAAGCUUUUUACCACUCAGUAUUUUAUCACAUGUAUGAAUGUAAAGCUGUCUUGACUUGAGGUAGUGUAGGAGACUGAACAUAAUUUGUAGUGUAUUUUAUACUGGUAAUUAUGUGAUCAUGAAGUAACCAUUAGCCUUAGCUCUACCAUUUCCCUUCAACACUCAUUUUGUUGGAUUUCUUCGGUAUUUGUAGAGGUCAGCCACCUUUGGUUCUAACAUGCUACUUCACUUUCAUAUCUCUGACAGUAAUGGAAAGUGACUCUUUUUCUAAGGUUCUGAAUGGGCAGUCGUAAAACAUGCAGUAUCCCCCAGAAAAUUGUGUGCUGAAAACUUUUGCAGCAUUAAGAAAAUCUGCAUGUCCCCUGGAGGCCUCUGUAUGAGAUUUUGUUCUAGAACUUACUGGUUUAGACUUCAAAUUAUAUAAAACACUGGAAAUGUAAGUAGUGAGUUGUCCCAAAAAAGUGCUCCUGUUUUUGUUAUUUCACUGGAAAUAAGUGAUUCCAAAAGGAAAUGUCAACGAACACAUACACAUGUAAGCUAACCGAAGUAAAGAUUUUUAUUCCUCACACACCUUUGAAUAUAUAAUUUGUUUCAUUGAUUUUAUUUUAUGUAUAGAUAACAUUUUUAAUACAGAAUUUAAUAACAAAUUGCCGAUACCCAUGGAAGAAAGAACCAACGGUUGCAACGAUUCCCAUGUUGACAACUUCAACCGGGGUGGGUCAUAUUUUGGGCAUUUGGAGUGUUUUUAAGAAGAGAACAAAAAUGUUCUACAAAUUUACCAGCGGGACGAAAUCGACAACAAAUUACUUGAACAUGGAGUCCAAGGCAUCAAUAUUCUCCCAAGAAAAGUUAAGUACAUAAAAACAAUGCAGUCCAUGCAUUGCUUCGGUAAAUACAAUAUACACCUGUAAAUAUUUCAAUGUAACAUCAUCUUUUAUGCAUGUACAUGUAGUCACCAAUUUCAUCAACUGUAAAUGUCCAAUGCAAGUAUUUUUAUAUGAGGUUUAUUUUUAGUAAAGUUAGUGGAAUGAGAGCUGAUAUUUCUAGAAAUAUAUUGUAAUCGUUUUUGUACAGCAGUAUCUAUUAAAUGAAACUUGAAGAAAUUGGUA